AUGCUCACCGCAGCCAUGUCUCAUUACAGUCUGCCGCUGACUACCCACGAGGCGCUCUCGGGUGUCUUCGGCUCAAUCUCGUUAGCUUCAUGGGUCUUCCUGUUGGUCCCUCAACUAAUCGAAAACUACAAAUCUGGCUCCGCAGACGGCAUCUCCCUCGCCUUCCUCACCGUCUGGUUUAUAGGCGACAUAACGAAUCUCGUGGGAGCUCUUUGGGCUGGUCUUGUGCCCACCGUCAUCGCCCUCGCAAUCUACUUCUGCUUCGCAGACCUCGUCCUCAUCUCGCAAUGCGUCUACUACAACAUGAAGAACUCGAAGCGCGGGGAGCGCAAAACUUCCACGCGCUCUACCGAUAGCGUCGAAGCUCCUCUACUUGGCCGUCGCGAUAGCAGUAACAUUGGCCUGCCGGGAAGUCACAGGCGCGAUUCCCAGGCGAGUCGCAGGCGCCGCGCGAGCUCCCUCCCCACGAUACCCGAUGUCGGCGAUGGUGCGAGCCAAUGGGUCAAGAACGCGUUGAGCAUCGUAGGCGUCUGUGUCGUCGGUGCUGCGGGAUGGGCUAUCGCGUGGAAAACUGGUGUCUGGGUUCCGCAGCCUGCGCACAAUACCGAGGAUACCUCGGACAACCCAAUCGGUGCGAUGAUCCUGGGAUACGCGAGCGCGGUGGCUUAUCUUGGGGCGCGCAUUCCUCAGAUCAUUAAGAACCAGCGGGAGAAGUCUUGCGAAGGCUUGUCGCUGCUCUUCUUCAUGUUGAGUUUGUUGGGUAAUGCUACGUAUGGUGCAGGUAUCAUCUUCCACUCGCAAGAGAGGGAUUACAUACUUACCAAUCUUCCCUGGCUCAUCGGCUCCCUCGGCACAAUGGUCGAGGAUGUAACAAUCUUCAUCCAAUUCCGCGUCUUCGGAAACGGUGAGGCAUCCUCUGCCCUCGAGGCGUGA